AUGUAAUUUUAUUAAUAAUUAUAUGAUGAAAAUCCAUACUUUAACAGAUUCUUCAAGGAAUAAUUCAUAUAUUAGGGAUUCAACAUCUAAUUGAGUGAUUUGCCUCAAUAUAAAAGCUAAUUUAAUUUGAUAAAUAAGGAGAAUCUAAAUUUGACUUGGAAAUAUAAAUAAGACAAUUAGAAAUUUAUUUUUAAGGCUAAUAAUUAGAUUACAAAUACAAUUAUAAAAUCAUAGUCACAAGAUUAAUAAGUAAAUGAAAAUAUUAUAUAAUAGCAAAUCUAAUACUAAUUUAAUUUGAUCACUAGAUAAAAUAGAUAUAGCAUUUUGUUAGGUUUGAAAUACAAAUAUGAAAAAGAUGAACUUUAAAAGCAUACAUUUACUCCUUAAGUUUAAAUUAGUUAGAGUUCAGGAAGUAAUUCAAAUUUGGAUGUUGGACUAAAAUAUAACUAUUUAAAUAAAAAAGAUGGUGUAAAUGUUAGAUUUAAUAUAUUUUCAUCUCUAUUAAAUAGAUAGAAUAUGGAAUAUUGUUUGAUAGGGAAUUUUGAAAAACCUUAAAAAUUAUAGAUUGGAUUAUAAAACAAUAGAAUUUGGAUGGGUAUAAUAUAGAGAGCUAAAUUAAUGAAUUCAAAUAGUUUUAUACUUUACAACUUGAAGAAUAAGAAAUAUGAUUUGAAUUUAUAUGUAGGAUUGAACUCAAUUGAGAAUAGAUUUAAUAAUAAAUUGAAAUUGAUGAUGGGUGUAUCAACAUAAAAGGAGAUUUUAGGAAAGAUUGAAUUUUUAACAGAUGUAGGAAUAUUAGGAUAUUGUUUAAAAUGGUAACACGUAUAAGGAUUGAGUAUGGGAUAUAAUAUUGAAAUUUGA